AUGACGACGCAGACUGUUGUUUCCGGCAACGGGCCCAGUGCGACUGACAUGCAAUACUAUUACCAGCACCUAUACCCUUUCAAGUCAAUCUUUCAAUGGCUCAAUCAUUCGCCGAAACCUGGGCGCGACAUGAUGCAUCGAGAACUUGCCAUGGCUUUCCGUUCUGGCGCUUACAAAAGAUAUAAUUCGUUCGAUUCGGUGCAAGAGUUCAAAGCCCAAAUUCAAAGAUCAAACCCUGAUAGAUUCGAGAUCGGAGCUGUGUACAACAAGCCACCCCGCCAAAUGGACUCUCUUUUAAAGGCCGACAUUAAAGCUCUGGAGAAAGAAGUGGUUUUUGAUAUCGAUAUGGACGAUUACGAUGCCUACAGAACUUGUUGUUCAGGAGCCAGUGUAUGCUCCAAAUGCUGGAAAUUUAUCUCCCUGGCGAUGAAGAUUAUCAAUGUCGCUUUGGAAGAAGACUUUGGCUAUACGGAUUACAUCUGGAUCUUUUCAGGCAGACGUGGUGCACAUUGUUGGGUAGCAGAUAGGAGAGCCAGGCAGCUAAGCGACCUGCAGAGAAGAAGCGUACUGGAUUAUAUGAAUGUGGUGAGAGACAGAAACGUCGAUAAGCGACUAAACCUAAAACGCCCGUACCAUCCUCACCUAAUACGUUCCCUCGAAUGCCUAAAGCCGUUCUUCGUUGAAGUUAUAUUACGAGAACAAAAUCCUUGGGAAAAUGACGACAUGGCCAUUCAAGGGCUACUUCCCGGUCUUCAUGACAAGGUUCUUAUAGAAAUCUUGAAAAAACACUGGAAAGCGCAUCCAAAUCGAACUAGUGAACAAAAGUGGACAGAUAUUGAUUCCUUGGCGACCUCGCAAAUAAAACAUUCAUCGCCUUUGAAAAGAUCAGACUACUUUAAUAGACUACGAGAGUGCAAAGAAGACUUGGUGUUAGCCACACUCUAUCCGAAGUUAGAUGUGGAAGUCACCAAACAGACGAUUCACUUGCUUAAAGCACCAUUCUGCAUACAUCCAGCAACUGGUAAUGUUUGCGUCCCCAUUACGGAGAGCUUCACACCAUCUCACGCACCAAAGUUGAUACAACUACAACGAGAAAUGGAGUCCAAUGAAAAUCAAAUUGAAAAGACUUCCUUGCAGCCUUUUCUUGAUCAGUUCCAGCAAUUUGUUAAUCAAGUGAUGAAGAAGGAGCUGGUGGGGGCGAAGCGAGAAAGGGAAGAAGUAAUUACCAACUUUUGA